AUGCACGGAUCUUUGUCUUUUACUGCACUAGCAGCCAUUGUUGCAACAGCCUGUAGUGCUAUUAUUCCGAUUGCAGAAGAGUCUGGUCGUGCGAUCGCACAUGCUGUGCCCGAAGCUCCAGCUGAGCCUGCUUCGCAUGCAUUUCAUAUUCUUCCACCAUGGUUGGAGAGUUUGAUAGAGUCAGCAACACUUCCAACUUCUGCAGAUGUUGACAGCUCCGACGCGGCGCCUAGUAGUACGCUAAGCUCCAGUUCAACUACGACACCGAGCCCAGUGCCAACUCCAAAAACAACUGCUGUACCAGUUGCACCCGUUCCAACAAGCACGUCAAGCAAGCCACCGGCGCCAAAACCGUCAUCAUCCAGCAGUAGUACUACCAGUAGUGCUACCAGUACUUCCAGUAUUAGCCAUGCACCUGCUCCAAAAUCAACAACCUCAACUUUGCAAUCCUCAAGCAGUACUACAAGCAAACCAAGUGCAACAUCGUUCACUCCGGCUACGAAGACAUGCCCGGCAGGAUCGCGGAAAGCGGCCGACGUCUACUGGCUAGAUGCUCAAGAUCAUAACCAGGCUGCUGCCGGCUAUGCACCAUAUGCCGCCGGAAGCAAUGUUUACCCAGUCUAUCGCAAUGUUAUGGACUAUGGGGCAGUGAAUGAUGGCUCAGGUGACCAAACAGCCAAGCUCCAAAAAGCCAUUGAUGACGACGGCAAUGGUGGUACUCGCAAGGGCAAGGGUACUACUCGAUACCCGGCUGAGGUCUACCUGCCCGGUGGUACAUAUACUCUUGGAAGUACUCUAACCUUGACGGUUGGAACUAUCAUUGUCGGCGAUCCUCAGAAUCCCCCCAUCAUCAAAGCUGCCUCUAACUUCCAGGGUCAAUUCCUGGUCAUGGGAUACGAUAAGAAUAAUGGAAAUCCUGAGACUAGCUUCAUGAUGCUGAUCAAGAACGUUAUUUUGGAUACCACUGCUGUUGCACCCAACACCAAGAUCACUGCUCUUCAAUGGGGAGUUGCCCAGGGAUCGGGUUUGACGAACGUUCAAGUGCACAUGCCGACCAACUCUAAGGGCCACACUGGUAUCGAUAUUGCUGCUGGGUCCACCAUCGCAGUCACCGAUGUGAGGAUUGUUGGCGGUGCGACCGGUAUUAUCAAUUCGAACCAGCAAGUCAACUUCAAGAACCUUCAGUUCGUGGGAUGUGGCACUGCUUUCUUUGCGAAAGGCGGAUGGACAGUUCUCCUCCAGGGUGCUCUUUUCGAGUCCUGUGGCACAGGUAUCAACAUGACAACCAAUGGUCUCGGAAGUCUAGUACUUCUUGACUCCACAGUCAAAAACUCCGGUCCAGUGGUCAGAUUCCAUGAUUCGUCUCACGACACUGGAAAUAAGAAUAGCCAGCUUCUCAUUCAGAACUUGGUGCAUGAUGGAACCAAUCCCAUUGCCGUGGACAGUGAUGGAAAAACCCGCUUGGCCGCAACCUCUCAUAUUGACACCUGGCUUUGGGGUACUCUUGUUGAAGGAGAGUAUGAGCAAGGAGCUACACACAAGACUCAACGAUCUGCGAAUCUGCUUGUCAAUGACAAGUUCUUCACCAAGGCUCAGCCAACUUAUACCGAAUACGGCACAGCAGAUGUGGUUAAUGUUAAAUCUGUUUCUGGAUUCACAGUCAAGGGUGAUGGUCUCACAGAUGACACCGCCUCGCUCAAUGCUAUUCUCAAGCAGAACGCUGAGAACUGCAAGAUUACCUAUUUCCCAUUCGGUGUAUACAGGGUCUCUGACACGAUCUUUGUUCCGGUCGGUACCCGUAUCGUUGGUGAGGCUUGGGCUGUGAUCUCAGGAUAUGGCGAUGCUUUUAAGGAUGCCACCAACCCGAAGGCUGUCGUGAAGCUUGGUAACCCAGGUGAUGUCGGUCUGAUUGAGAUCCAGGACAUGCGUUUCUCCGUUGGUGAGAUUCUUCCGGGAGCCAAGGUACUUGAGAUUCAUGCUGCAGGUCAGCAGCCCGGAGAUGUCGGACUGUGGAACACCAACGUCAUGAUAGGAGGCACAGCCGAGACCAGCAUCUCCAACAUCUGCACAUCUCAAGAUCCAAAGGACUGUAUGGCCGCGUUCAUGGUUAUGCACCUGACCGAGUCCUCCUCCGCCUAUAUCGAGAAUUUCUGGGGUUGGACCGCCGACCACAACUUAGACAGCACCUCUCUUCUCACAAUCGUUUCUACCGGCCGUGGCAUCCUGGUCGAAGCAACCAAGGGCACUUGGCUGACUGGAACUGGCUCAGAGCACCACUGGCUAUACGACUACAACUUCAACAACGCGGCCAACGUAUUCGCAGGCCUUCUCCAAAGCGAAAGUCCUUACAUGCAAGGCUCAGGAGAAUACGAGAACGCGCCUGCACCAUGGACCGCAGAUCCGAAGUUCGGUGAUCCAGACUUUUCAUGGUGUGCGGCCAAGGAUCAGAAGUGCCGAACUUCCAUCGCGACGAACAUUGAGGGCGGGUCCAACAUCGCAUUGUAUAACUCGGCUGCCUGGGCGUUCUUCGACGGCUACUGGAACGGGCUUUACAAUGAGCCAUGCAGUGGGAAGUGUCAGACUAAUAUGAUGCGUGUUGCGGGUGCACCGCAGAACCUUGUGUGGUAUUCUAUUGGCACACGCCAGACGGAUGUGAUGAUUCUGGACGGGAAGACUAAUCCGCGUGAGGCGUCUUACCCUGGUGGAUGGGAGGGAAUUAUUCAGGCUUAUGCGGAGUUUUCUAACUAA